ACCUGAGGGCAGAAGGCUCUGAGGGGGUACAGCCGCGCGGGGGUCCUUCGCAGAGGACCCGUAGGGAUUCUGGAAGAGGAGGUGCGGGGCCGUGCCGAGGGGGCGGCCGCCAGAGCAUGCGCACGGGCUCUGCAGCGGGCGGGCGCGGAGUUGGGGCGCGGGGACGCGGGGCGGCGCGAAGCGGGGCCCUCUGCCGCCCCGCGCUCUCAUGUACGCCUUCUACUCGCUGCUCAUCUACAUCUUCUACAGCCUCUUUCGCAGGGAUGGCGGGGCCGCGGCGGCCGCCGACCCUGGGAACCCCGCCCAGAGUGCCUGCUGCAAGCCCGGGGGUCGCCGCCGCCCCGACCAGCCCACCGCAGAGCUGUGGACCGAGCUGACCGGCCUGGUCGGCUGCUCGGAGUCCGAGGAUGGGCCGGGAGGGGCAGCGGAGGGCCGUCCGGCCGAGGUCUCACUGGAAGAGGCUCUCGUGCGUCUUGCGGAGUUCCUCUCAGUCCAGCUGGGGGCGGAAGAGAGCUUCGGGAAUUCUGCCGACCUGAGCAAGCCUGGUGAUGUUCCCCCACUGUUGACGGUGACCGGUCAGCUCUUGGCCCUCCUGGCAUGGAUUCGGAGCCCCAGGGGGAGGCAGGUCCUGCCCCAGGCGACGCAGCCAGCCUCAGGGGUGCAGCCCCCCACUCCUGCUGGAUCCCCAUCCCAAGAAGAAAGCCCUUCCGUUUCACCAAGGGGUGAGGCCCAGGGGCAGCAGCCUCCUCAGUUAGAGGAGGACCAGAGGGCUUGGCAGCGGCUGGAACAGCUCAUCCUUGGACAGCUGGAGGAGCUGAAGCAGCAGCUGGAACUGCAGGAGAAGGAGCUGGGCCAGCUGCGUGUGGGAGUGGGGGCGACAGACUCGGAGAAAAGGGUUCAGCAUCUGACUCUGGAAAACAAGGCCCUGAAACAGAGCCUGAGCCUUACUCGGGACCUCCUGCUGCACUGGGGCCCCGCCCCCCCCAACAGGGCCCCCCAGGAGCAGGAGGAGGCAGAGGCACUGCUGGAGCUCCGGGGCCGGCUUCAAGAGGCCCAGGACACCACGGAAGCUCUCCGAGUCCAGCUAGGGGUGCAGGAGGCGCAGCUGCAGGGCCUCCGGGGGGCCCUCCGGCAGCUCCAGCAGGAGACGGAGCAGAACUGCAGGAGGGAGCUGCAGCAGAUGCGCGCGCAGCUGGCAGGACUCCGUGCUCGCAUGGCCAGCUUGCGUCAGGGCUGUGGGGACCUCCGAGGACUGGUCAGCACCUUUACCCAGAGCUGCCAGGGUUCGCUGAGCGAAGCCCGGGGCCAGGUAUCGUGGGCCCUGGGGGCACUGUCAGCGGGUGGGGCUGGGACUCAGCUCCUGGAGGCACAGCAGGAGCCCCCAACUGGAUGCCCAGGGCGGCCGCUGGAGCUCAAGGGAAACAUCCGUGUGCUCUGUCGGCUGAGGCCAGGGACACCCUCCAGCUUGGUGAGCUUAGAGCCCGGCCCGGGUGGCACUGUCACCACCUGCUAUCGAGGGCACCAGCGUCGCUUCCGCCUGGACUGGGUCUUCCCUCCACACGCCAGCCAGGAGGAGGUCUUCAGGGAGCUGGAGUCGGCUGUGCUGUCCUGCCUCGGAGGCUACAGUGUCUGCAUUUUCACCUACGGUCAGACAGGGACGGGAAAGACCUACAGCAUGGAGGGCCCGCCUGAGGACCCUGGCAUAGCUCCUAGGGCGCUGCAGUCACUGUUCCGGGAGAUGGGAACAGGGGGACAGCACCACGUGACCCUCAGCAUGGUGGAGAUCUACAACGAGGCUGUCAGGGACCUCCUAGCCCCAGGGCCUCCCCAGCGCCUGGCAGUGAGGCAGGGCCCAGCAGGCGAGGGGGGGAUCCAGGUGGCUGGCCUCACCCACUGGGACGUGCCCAAUCUGGAGUCGUUGCACCAGAUGCUGAACCUGGGGAGGAGCAACCGGGCCACCGCCGCCACAGCCAUGAACCAGCACAGCUCUCGUUCGCACGCGCUGGUCACGCUGACGCUGCGCACGGCGUCCCCAUCAAGCGGUCCCGGCACCGCAGGCACGCUGCACCUAGUGGACCUGGCAGGGUCCGAGCGCGCCUGGAAGGCAGGGGCGGCCGGCACGUCGCAUGAAGACAGGGACGGCGCUCAGCGUCUGCGGGAGGCUCGGACCAUCAACCGCUCGCUGCUGGCGCUGGGAGGAGUGAUGGCCGCACUGCGGGCCCGCCGGCCACACGUGCCCUUCCGCGACUCGCAGCUCACGCGCCUGCUACAGCCCGCACUGGGCCCCGGCGCCACCGCUGUGCUGCUGCUGCAGGUCUCCACGCGGCCGGAGGAUCUCGGCGAGACCGUGUGCUCGCUCAAGUUCGCCGAGCGAGUGGGGCGAGUGGAGCUGGGGCCUGCUAGGCCCCGCAGGGCCCCGCGCUCCGGGACGCCCUCCUCCCUGAGCACCGACACACCACUCUCUGGGACCCCCUGCACCGCCACGCCCUCGCCCGGCAGCCCUCCAAGCCCCGGCCUGGACAGCGGCUCCAGCUCGGCCCUGGCACCGCCGGAGGACCUGCCUUCGUAGUUCUACCCAAGGAGUCUGGGUCGCGUCUCUGCUGGCAGAGGCAGCAAAGUCCCUAUUCCCCCCACGACCUCCUUGAUCUCUGGGGGCCUGCUGACCCCCAGACUCCCAGAGUCCACCCCUUUCUCUCCCGCCCCCAGGAGUGUUCCGCCUGGGGUAAUGAUCACCACCCACCCCCCCACACACACACACACCCCCCCCCCCCCGCCCCAGCCCAGGCCCUUAGCCCUUUGCUUAUCACCAUCUGCUGUUAUCGCGCGGCGCACAGCAGGGGAUCCCAGAGCCGCGGAGGCAGACCCUGGCCAAGUGGCCACCAGACUCACUACCCCAUCACCAAACAUCAGACUUGCAUUAAAAUGUCGUUUGUUCCUUUA